AUGAACAGAGCGAUAUUUCGAACCGUUCUCGUCACUGGUGGAGCAGGUUACAUCGGCUCUCACACAUGCUUGGAGCUCUUGGAGAGUAAAACUUACAAGGUUGUAGUGAUAGAUAAUCUCGACAACUCUUCAGAAGAAUCCAUUAAACGAGUACAACAGCUGACUGCUUGCGGCAAAGAUGAUCUGGUUUUUCGAAAUUGCGAUAUCCGAGACCGUCGACGCUUGAAAGCGGUGCUCGAUGAGUUCCCAAACAUUAGUUCAUGUAUCCAUUUCGCAGGUCUUAAGGCCGUUGGAGAGUCAGUCUCAAAGCCAUUGAUGUACUAUGACUGCAAUGUUGGAGGGACUGUCCAACUUUUGGAGCAGUUGAAUAACAAAGGAAUAAAAAACUUUGUAUUUUCAUCGUCAGCCACUGUUUACGGUGAACCUGAAAUGCUUCCCUUAGUUGAAACGGCACGGCUACAGGCAACAAAUCCCUACGGACGAACGAAGCUCUUCAUAGAGGAAAUUUUGCGUGAUUGUCAUGCAUCGGACGAUUCCUGGAAUACAUUGAUACUGAGAUACUUUAAUCCAAUCGGGGCUCACCCAUCGGGAAAAAUCGGAGAAGAUCCACAAGGGAUACCAAACAAUCUAAUGCCCUUUGUGGCACAGGUUUGUGUCGGUCGAAGAGAAAAGCUUUCCGUUUUUGGCGACGACUACGACACUCCAGAUGGAACAGGCGUACGUGAUUAUAUUCACGUCGUUGACCUUGCGAAGGGUCAUGUCGCUGCUCUUGAGAAGCUGUACAGUGAUCAAGUAGGUUGCCGCGCAGUCAACUUGGGAACUGGGCAGGGAGUGUCAGUUCUGGAAUUAGUCAAAGGAAUGGGAAAGGCGACAGGCAAAGCUGUACCCUACGAGAUUUCUCCUCGUCGGCCAGGAGAUGUUGCCACAGUUUACGCUGACGCGAGCCUUGCGCAGGAGCUGCUGGGUUGGAAAGCAGAGCUCGGUGUAGACGCUAUGUGCGAAGACACUUGGCGAUGGCAAUCGACCAAUCCAAACGGUUACCAGCAACAAGUACAGGAUAUAGAAAGCGAGCAAUAAGUUUGAAGCCUUUCGAAUAUGGAACCAAGCUGCGUAGUCGAUUGUCUAGACCUAUCGAGUAGAAGCGUAAGGUAUUGCGGUAGUUUACAGUUAAAGUGCUAUGGUUUUGCAGCUCGACCAGCAAUAAAACGCUAUUGUCUACUUUA